GAGAAGGGGAAUGAAAGUCAAAAGGAGUAAUACAGAGUACGUGUGUGUGAAUAAGAGGGAAGACAUUGGAGUGGUACAGUUGCAGGGAGAACAGGUGGUGAAGGUAGAUGACUACUCCUUUGGCUUUCCCAUCCAAGACCGGUCAGACACCAUGUCUAAAUACAUGCCCGUGUGACACAAACAUCUCUAAACCCUCUGUCCCCGUGGUCAUUUAAUAGUUGUGUGGAUGUGAGAGUUUGAUCAGAGAUCAGAUGAUGUACACAAAUUUACUCCAUACGCUGCUCUGUGAACUCAUUCAAUCCAAAUAGGGUUUACACACUUCCUUUACUGUGCCCACGAACAGCUUUACAUGUGUUACGGAAAGCCAAAAGCUGCUCUUAACUUCGGCUACACGCCAUUCCCAAAACGAUGUUUGCGGUCUUGUGAGAAGACGUGAGAAGACACGGGAAGACAGGAGAAGACGUGAGAAGUCCAAACGUCUUUGUUUCUUUGUUUUUUCACGCAAUAUAACGAGUGCACGCGUUGUGUUCUGUAGUGGAGUGUGACCCUUUUGGUGUUCCACAUGGGCGGAUGGUCGACAUGCAGUAGCGUGGACUAACCGCGCGGGGGGACUUGUCGAGUCAAAGCCACUUUCACUGGCGUGUACGGUUUCAAUGGGCGAUCAGCAGCACCACACAGAGCGGGCACACAACCACCACAAUCACCCCGCAGGACAGCCAUGGACCGGUGGAAAUCAUACGGCUCUCCAAAAGACAUCUGAACAAUGCUGUUCAUCGCUAAUGUGAGCUCAAGCUGCCGGAAACGCAGAAGGAGAAAACAGAUAUAACCAGUGUGCUUCCAUAUUGGGCCUGGACCACCUGCUUAACGACGGUGGCCGAAUUUCAAAUCAACAACUUUCCCUUAUGUCAACUAAUUGGAUUCAACCCGAUUGACUGCGGACGAGAGCGUUCCUGAUGCCGGAGUUGGGAAUUCACUGAGCGUGCGUUUAAAGCGGAUUUGCUGACUCAUACCGGCCGCAGCAGAACGAUUCCCAGUUUCGGUUGUGCUCGGAGUAUGGACGGGAAUCAUCAAAGCACUGUUUUAAAGCGUUACGAGGUCAAAAGCAUGCACGAAAAAGAGCCCAUGUUAUCUCUGAACGGAGAGGUGGGCCUCAGUUCCGGUUACAUUACGAACGGCUACUUGAGCAAGUCUGUCGACAACGACGGCAGUGGCUCGGAGAGCGGCUACACCACACCUAGGAAGAGGAGAGCGAGACGCAGCAGCAUGAAAGGCACCGAGAGCGUGAGUCGGGAGAAGGUAUCAAGGCCUUUUUCUAAACAGGAGCUGGACAAUUCAAGCCAGGAGGCGGUUGGGAAAUCGAUGCACUCUCGGCCGAAUUGCACCCGGGCUUACCUUAAAUCGGAGGUGCACACCGGGGUUCGCAGGACGGGCGUUCAGGAGACAAGCCCUGUGGCCGAGGUGCAGCAGAGAAACUCUGACAGCAAGACAUCUGUUAGUCUUGUUAGUAAAAAGACUGAUGAGAAGGUCAGUAAAACCAAACCGGUCUCCUCAGUAAACUCUAAAGAGGACUCGUGGACUUUGUUCAAGCCACCUCCUGUGUUUCCGGUGGACAACAGCAGCGCCAAGAUCGUCCCGAAAAUCAGUUAUGCAAGCAAAGUGAAGGAGAACCUCAACAAAGCGAGCGCGGAGACGACGCAAACGCAUGGAAAACUCUCGCACGUUCCCAUGUCCGCUGUAAAAACGAUCACGUCUGCUAGCUUUGCAAACAUCUCCGCGUCUCUAGAUGCUAACGGGAGUUACUCUGUGGAAACGUCAUUCGAUUCGCCUUACGGUGACGGAGUCGCGCCUUCUGCCUCGGCUAACCAGGCCGGAGAGGAUGUCGAGAACGCUCCGGGUGACGGCUGCAGCUCGUCGUUUUGUCCGUCCGCUUCGGAGCCACGCAAAUCGAGUCUUUUUGUUUACCCGCACAAACCUUUAAAUAUGCAACCCCUUGCUGCUCAGACAAAUCAGAAAGCUCUCACGGACAUCUUCCAGAACCAGUGGGGCCUGUCGUUUAUCAACGAGCCCAACGCAGGCCCGGAGGGGGUGCCCGUUUCUCACCUGACCGUGCCGUUCGAAAUUUCGGAAAUCACGUUCCAUGGUGGAAACUUUCCGUUCCUCAUCCAGCCAUCCCUGAACGCCGUUUCUCUUCCAGCGCCUCAGGACGCACAGAGAAGGACUAACAGGCCCGCCGUGGCUGUGAAACCCUGCUCCAUUUUCCGCCCUGGCCAGGAGUGUAAAGCAGAGCGCAGGAUCUCGGACGCUUCGUGUGAGGAUUUGGACGCCGAGCCUUCGAGGAACUCUGUGCUUAACAGCGUGCAAGUGCACACUGUGAAAGAGCAAAACAGAGCUCACGAAUGGGGAUGGACUGACCUGCGAGCCGCUGUCCUUUACCACUCUAAAGAAUUUGAAUAUCUCCUCACUCUUCACAAGCAAGAUCCAAAAAGGGUGACGUAUUACGGGGAGGUCAUGGACGGACCUGAUCAUUGAGGUGCCGAGUACCAGUACUACAUCUCCACCUUGGGUGCUACAGUCAGUUCUGAUCCUCUAUGUGAAUUUUCUGUUCUGAAUAUAACCAGACCGGACUGAUAAAGAGACCGAAAUUUAGGAUGAUGAAUGUUGUUGCUAAAGCUUUGGAGUUCUGCGGGUUUGCUCUGCACACAAGACUGCCGCGAGUCGGACUACACGCAAACACUAUAACAAAACCCUCUAAGGAGAAGUCGUCGGCUCAUGCGACUCAGCUGCUGCGACAAACCCGGAACCUUCCAAACACAACUACGAGCUUCACAAUCAAUUGAUUUUUUUUUCUUCCCACAUUGAAAUCAAAAAAGGCUUUUUUAUUUUUUUUUUAUUUUAUAUAUAUAAUGCAAUGCAAAUAAACAAUCCAUGAGGACCUUCUUACUAAGGAAGAAAAAGAGAAAUAGAGUAGUUUGAACUUGAUCUGCUUAAAAAAGAAAAAAAAAGCCUUAAACAGAAACAGUUCUCUUUUUAAAUUCAUGAUCCAGCAUUGCAGCAAAAAAAAAAAAAAAACACAAAAUCCCGUUCG